UGAAACGGAAAUGAACAGUGGCCAACAACAAUUUCCACGUUAGCGUUUUUAUUUAGACCUUUUCUUAACACUAUAGGACUCAAAAUAUGACUUUUAACUGCACAGCAUCGCAUACGUACCCCUGGUAUUGUUUAAUUCGCGUUGGAGACAGGACUUGGUUGACAGAUGUUAUCUAGGUAACCCUAGCUAGCUAGGUGCUAACAAUGGAUAACUGUAUGGUUUUUCACACUCAAAUUGCUUCGAUUCUGGAGGUGCUAGCGAAUGCAGCCGUGGCAGAUAUCUGUAAACUCGUAGAAGACGACUAUGCAGUGUUUCGUUUGGAAAUUUCUCAAAGCCAGAAAGAAAACGGGGCAUUGCGGAGGAAACUGCAUCUUUUGGAACUGAAGGUGGCACGAGAGCGCGUCGUCAGUCGUCCCAGUAGUGUCAAGAUCCUCGACGGAUACAGAGGAAUGUCAAGAGGUGAAGGAAAUCUCACUGGAGGCCACAGGAGCUUUGUGAAGCCAGCGGGACACAAUACAUGGAGAGAUGACCAAACAAUCACUGUUGAUGAGGGUAGUGGAACCUCAACCCAGCACGUUAUCGUGAUAGAGUCUGCAGAUGCAGAGGCUACAGGUCCUGGGGUCAAGCUGGAGAAGACUGAAGGAGAGGUGGAAACACGGCAAAGAAGAGACAUCCAGACUGGAGCUCAUCCUGUAGCCACAAAGGACCCCACCAUCGCCCCAGCGCCGCCCAGGACCCGACGCAGCAUCACAGAGGUCAGUGGAAUGCCGAAAGCCACCCUGAAGUCAGAAACAGACACAGAGUCUUCAACUGUAACACACAGGCUCUUACAACCAGGAUCUGACCCAGAGAGACUGGUGCCACUGGACUGUCCUCCUGCUCCCGCUCCCGGCUCAGAGUACUUACCGGUAUUUCAUCAGAGCCAGAGGACGGUUCAUUCCCAUGGUGAUGAUGACACUUUAGACACUGGGGUUGAUCUGUCUUGUUCUUACUCUACAGAGAUGGACCCUGACAACAUGACCUUGGGUUUAGAGACACAGACUGAUCUGUCUAGAGGGGACUGGAACCAGUACAGUAGUACUGUAUACUCUGAAGGGUGCCUAGAUAAGAAAGGGGAGGUUAUAGUGGUAGAUGAGGUGAAAGUGGAGGGCCACGCUCCUCCCACAUGGAAUGCAGAUAGUCACCUAGGAGUCGGACACUCACAGGGCAGAGAUUUCUUAGAUUACAGGGGAAGUUCAGAGUCAAAUCAACAUUUUGUCACCCACUCACCUUUACACACGCUCAGGGAUCGCGACCCAGUAUCUACAUCAAUGGGGCCUCCUGAUUCACAUGGCCACGUCCUUUUUGAUCAGGUUUUGAACUCAAUCGACAGGGUUAGAGUCCAGGCUCAGGGAGGGGGAGCAACAUCAGGCAAUAUUAAAGAGAAACGGUUCCUCUGCAUGUUCUGUAACAAAGGCUUCAGCUGCCCCCAGAAGGUGGAGAUCCACCAGAGGGUCCACACAGGGGAGAAACCCUUCAGCUGUACCCAGUGUUACAUGUGCUUUGCCCAGGCUGGUGAUCUGAAGAGGCACCAGAUGGUCCACACAGGGGAGAAACCAUACAGCUGCCCCCAGUGUGAGAAGAGGUUCUCCCGCCAGCACCAGCUGAAGAGGCACCUGAAGGUCCACACGGGAGAAAGGCCGUUCGCCUGUGCACACUGCAGGAAGAGGUUCUCAGAGAGAAGCUACCUCAGGAUACACCAGGAGAAAAACCAUUCUACUCUAUAAUAUAGAAAGUCACCAUUCCACUCGAUACCAUCUGACUUUAGAUCAAACCCUGCAUUAAAUACAGAUGAAUUGUAAUUGUUGUCAGCAGAAAAGAUCAACAAGAUACAUCUGAGCAUAAGAGAGUAACGGAAAAGACCCACAGAUGCAUUUGGAAUAACAAAUUGACCGAUUUCAGUUUUCAAUAUUCCUGGGUAGAAUAUUGCAUCCAGUGUGAUAUACACUGAGUAUACAAAACAUUAAGAACCUCUGCUCUUUCCGUGACAUAGACUGACUAGCUGAAGACUUUGAUCCCUUAUUGAUGUCACUUAUUAAAUCCACUUCAAUCAGUGUAGAUGAAGGGGAGGAGACGGGUUAAACAAGGAUUUUUAAACCUUGGGACAAUUGAGACAUGGAUUGUGUAUGUGGGCCAUUCAGAGGGUGAAUGGACAACAUUCACCUUUGAACGGGUUAUGGUAGUAGGUGACAGGCGCACCGGUUUAUGUUGAGAAUUGCACCACUGCUUGGUUUUUCACAAUCAACAAUUUCCAGUGCGUAUCAAUAAUGGUCAGACACCAAAACGACAUCCAACCAACUUGACACAACUGUGGGAAGCAUUGGAGUCGACAUGGGCCAGCAUCCCUUUUAAAUACUUUAGAUACCUUGUAGUGUCCAUGUCCUGACUAAUUGAGGCUGUUCUGAAGGCAAAGGGGGGGUUGCAACUAGAGGUCGACCGAUUAUGAUUUUUCAACACCGAUACCGAUUUAUUGGAGGACCAAAAAAAGCCGAUACCAAUUAAUCGGACGAUUUAAAAAAAUAAAUAAUGUAUUUGUAAUAAUGAAUUACAACAAUACUGAAUGAACACUUAUUUUAACUUAAUAUAAUACAUCAAUAAAAUCUAUUUAGCAUCAAAUAAAUAAUGAAGCAUGUUCAAUUUGGUUUAAAUAAUGCAAAAACAAAGUGUUGGAGAAGAAAGUAAAAGUGCAAUAUGUGCCAUGAAAGAAAGCUAACGUUUAAAUUCCUUGCUCAGAACAUAUGAAAGCUGGUGGUUCCCUUUAACAUGAGUCUUCAAUAUUCCCAGGUAAGAAGUUUUAGGUUGUAGUUAUUAUAGGAAUUAUAGUACUAUUUCUCUCUUUACCAUUUGUAUUUCAUUAACCUUUGACUAUUGGAUGUUCUUAUAGGCACUUUAGUAUUGCCAGUGUAACAGUAUAGCUUCCGUCCCUCUCUCCUCGCUACUACCUGGGCUCGAACCAGGAACACAAUGACAGCCACCCUCGAAGCAGCGUUACCCAUCGCUCCACAAAAGCCGCGGCCCAUGCAUAGCAAUGGGAACAACCACUCCAUGUCUCAGAGCAAGUGACGUUUGAAACGCUAUUAGCAUGCACCCCGCUAACUAGCUAGCCAUUUCACAUCGGUUACACCAGCCUAAUCUCGGGAGUUGAUAGGCUUGAAGUCAUAAACAGCUGCUGGCAAAUGCACUAAAGUACUGUUUGAAUUAAUGCUUACGAGCCUUCUGGUGCCUACCAUCGCUCAGACUGCUCUAUCAAAUCAUAGACUUAGUUAUAACAUGAUAACACACAGAAAUACGAGCCUUAGGUCAUUAAUAUGGUCGAAUCCGGAAACUAUCAUCUCGAAAACAUAUUCUUUCAGUGAAAUGCGGAACCGUUCUGUAUUUUAUCUAACGGGUGGCAUCCAUAAGUCUAAAUAUUCCUGUUACAUUGCACAACCUUCAAUGUUAUGUCAUAAUUUCGUAAAAUUCUGGCAAAUUAGGCGGCCCAAACUGUUGCAUAUACACUGACUCUGCGCGCAAUGAACGCGAGAGAAGUGACACAAUUUCACCUGGUAGGCAAGCACCUUGGUCUUAUAGUGGAUGUGAGCUUUGAUUUGAAGCCAGUGGAGUGUGCGGAGGAGCGGGGUGAAAUGGGAGAACUUAGGAAGGUUGAACACCAAACGGGCUGCAGCAUUCUAGAUAAGUUGCAGGGCUUUUUUAAUUCAUUUUUAAUUUUACCUUUAUUUAACUAGGCAAGUCAGUUAAGAACCUAUUCUUAUUUUCAAUGACUGCCUAGGAACAGCCGUCAGCUUUGAUUUGUACCUUGUCAGCUCUGGGAUUUGAACUUGCAACCUUCCGGUUACUAGUCCAACGCUCUAACCACUAGGCUACCCUGCCGCCCCUGGGCUCCCCACUUGAUGGCACAGGCGGGGAGCCCAGCCAACAGAGAGUUGCAGUAGUCUAGAUGGGAAAUGAAAAGAGCCUGGAUUAGGACCUGCGACACUUCCUGUGUGAGGUAGGGUUGUACUCUACGGAUGUUGUAGAGCAUGAACCUGCAGGAGCGAGUCACUGCUUUGAUGUUUGCAGAGAAUGACAGGGUGUUGUCCAGGGUCACGCCAAGGUUCUUUGCACUCUGGGAGGGGGACACCGUAGAGUUAUCAUCCAUGAUGGAGAGGUCUUGGAGCAGGCAGGCUUUCCCAGAGAGGAAGAGCAGCUCCGUCUUGUCGAGGUUGUGGGCCAACAUACAAGCUGAGAUGUUUGCCAGGAGGAGGAGGGUCCAGAGGUGCUGCUGGUGAAGGAGGAGGGUCCAGAACAGAUGCGGGUGUGAGGAGGGUCUUGGGGAACAUGGUCAUGGAGGUCAACAAGACUUCAAUCAAGUACAGGCUGAAUGAACAACAGAGACAGAAUGUAAUAUGACAUUUCAUUAAAUUGUUUGGGGAAUGGUCUCGUCAUCAAGGGAAGAUCCUCUGAGCCAGAUGAUGUUAUGGCAGGUAGCCCUAUGCAGGGCUGCUGGAAAUUUCCUACUUUGAGAUUCUUUGUGGAUACGGCGCCUGGUCUUUAUUCAUUUUGUCUUAAGUGUGGGACCAUGCCUUUGAAUUUUCAAACCAUUAUAAAGUGUCAGGUAAUCAAAUCAACUAACAAGUUUGCAUAGUACUCAUAGUAAUCCCUCAAUUUAUAAUGUAUGAACUUAACCAGGUAAUUGACUCACAAGUUCCGUAGAGUUUUCUCUGCCAUGUUUGUAAAGUCUAUUUUGUAACCUCCUCCUACAGGUGGUUGGCUGGAGGCUAACAGAGGAGACUGUGCGGCCAUCUUGGAUUCCCAGACCCAAACCAGUGGAGCCAAGGUCACACUGGACAUCAUCACUGAGCAGGCCAGGAUCAGAGUCGACAUAGUGGAGGUCAGUUGAUUGGACAGCGUCCUCAGCACUGGACUGGGGAACAACAAUUUUAAUUAACCAGAAACACAUUUGUUCAACAAUCAAUACCUGGACUUGGUCUCUAUGACAACAGACUGGCUGAGACCUGGGAGAGGCAUAGAUUUGGUCUGCGGGGACGGGGAGGUGUCCAAAUGCGGCAGGAGAGAACAGACACAGAUUCGGCUACUGAUGCUCCAUCCUGUUCCUAUGUUUGUAAUUUAGAGAGGUUGAUGGUUCCUCAGGUUAACCCCCUAACAGGUGCUGCCUUCAGCCUGCCUUCUAUAGGAUCGAUCAACUGGAAUAUGGGCCCUGCAACAGACACUGCCGAGCCUUCCUCCUCCUCACAGUCUCCUUAUGUUAAACCAGACCUCAGGCAAUGCCAGUGCCUCAACGGCUACACAAGCCCAUUGACAAAUUACAGUAUUAGUAAUGCUAUCAGCAGAUCUGGUAGCAGAGAGAAGUGCUUCCCGUGUUCGGAGGAUGCGCACGUGGCAGAAACCAUUCAGCUGUCAUCUUUGCCGGGCAAAGUUUCUCCCAGUUGUCCAACCUGAAGAGGCACCAGAUGGUCCACACUGGGGAGAAGCCUUACAGCGGCCCCCAGUGUGAGAAGGGGUUCUCCUGCCAGCACCGACUGUAUGCACUGCGGGAAGAGGUUCUCAGAGAGGAGCUACCUCGGGAUACACCAGCAGAAAAUACACAUGGCCCAUUAAUAGUGUAUAGUGAGUGAUAAGUAGUAAUAAUAUUUAUUUUAUUUAGCGCUUUUCAUGCAGAAUCUCAGUCACUCUCCUUCAGGGUCUCGACUGGUGACUGGGUUCAUAGAAGGCCUGGGUCUAGCCUUCCUCAGUUACCUCAUAGUUAUCCCACCAAUUCAGACAGGGUCAGGAUGGGUGUUCACCACAAGAGAUAUCUAGCCUGUAACACAGCAUACAAUCCCCAAAACAAUGGCUAGUGGUCAAGGAGGGAGCUCAAAGACAGGCUCAUGCCUUCUACCACCUCUGGUGUUUUUGGGUCACAACGUGGGAGGCUGAGUGUUCAGACAAAAGCCGAAAAGCUGUAUGCCUGCCCCACGUAUAUGGGAAGCGAUUUGCUGAGGCGAACUACAGUGGGGCAAAAAAAUAUUUAGUCAGCCACCAAUUGUGCAAGUUCUCCCACUUAAAAAGAUGAGGCCUGUAAUUUUCAUCAUAGGUACACUUCAACUAUGACAGACAAAAUGUGGGGAAAAAAUCCAGAAAAUCACAUUGUAGGAUUUUUAAUUAUUUUAAGUAUUUGGUCACCUACAAACAAGCUAGAUUUCUGGCUCUCACUGACCUGUAAUAACUUCUUUAAUAGGCGCCUCUGUCCUCUACUCGUUACCUGUAUUAAUGGCACCUGUUUGAACUUGUUAUCAGUAUAAAAGACACCUGUCCACAACCUCAAACAGUCACACUCCAAACUCCACUAUGGCCAAGACCAAAGAGCUGUCAAAGGACACCAGAAACAAAAAUUGUAGACCUGCACCAGGCUGGUAAGACUGAAUCUGCAAUAGGUAAGCAGCUUGGUUUGAAGAAAUCAACUGUGGGAGCAAUUAUUAGGAAAUGGAAGACAUACAAGACCAUCUCCCUCGAUCUGGGGCUCCAUGCAAGAUCUCACCCCGUGGGGUCAAAAUGAUCACAAGAAUGGUGAGCAAAAAUCCCAGAACCACACAGGGGGACCUAGUGAAUGACCUGCAGAGAGCUGGGACCAAAGUAACAAAGCCUACCAUCAGUAACACACUACGCCGCCAGGGACUCAAAUCCUGCCGUGCCAGACGUGUCCCCCUGCUUAAGCCAGUACAUGUCCAGGCCCGUCUGAAGUUUGCUAGACAGCAUUUGGAUGAUUCAGAAGAAGAUUGGGAGAAUGUCAUAUGGUCAGAUGAAACAUUUCAAGGUCCUGGAGUGGCUUAGCCAGUCUCCAGAUCUCAACCCCAUAAAAUCUUUUGAGGGAGUUGAAAGUCCGUGUUGCCCAGCAACAGCCCCAAAACAUCACUGCUCUAGAGGAGAUCUGCAUGGAGGAAUGGGCCAAAAUACCAGCAACAGUGUGUGAAAACCUUGUGAAGACUUACAGAAAACGUUUGACCUCUGUCAUUGCCAACAAAGGGUAUAUAACAGAGUAUUGAGAAACUUUUGUUAUUGACCAAAUGCUUAUUUUCCACCAUAAUUUGCAAAUAAAUUCAUUAAAAAUCCUACAAUGUGAUUUUCUGGAUUUUUUUUUCUCAUUUUGUCUGUCAUAGUUGAAGUGUA